AUGUCAUCGCAGGACAGCGCCGGCGGCAAGGUACCCGCCCCAAAGCUUCUUAGCCUCGCACCAGAGGUUGUCGAAAAUGUUAUCAAGCAAGUGAGAGACAGGAGAGACCUGUCGAAUACGCGGCUGGUAUGCAAGGAAUUGGACAAGCACGCCGCGAAGGAGCUCUUCAAGGACGUGUUUGUCUCCCCAUUGGAAGAGCACGUCAGCACUUGGAACAGCAUCGGCCAGGACGACAAUAUCCGCCAGAUACCUCGUCGUGCAAUCAUCCACACGCAGUCAAAUAUCGAGCAUGACAGCUUUGGUGCUGACAGAGAAGAUGAGGAAAUCAGCGAGGAAUUCGAGGAGGCCCUCACAGCACUGUCUAGGUUUCCCAACGUCGACUCCGUGGAGAUCGGCUUUACCCCCGAAUGCGUUGGUGACCGGCAGACGAGCUGGUACGAGGACGUGGUGGAGGACCCGGCGCGGCGCAAGGAAAUGCUCACGCUCGUCUUUCAGGCCGUCAAGGACAGGGCGGCGGACAAGGAGAGCAAGACGAUCAGAAAGCUCACGAUAACCAACCUCCAGAACUGCCCGAUCCCGGAUUUCACCUCUUCCGACCUCUUUCGCGACGUCAUGGGCCAGCUGGAGGAGCUUCACAUAUCUCUCACCCAGGAAUCCAACGAGCACGGGCCGGACCACGACUACACGCGGGUCGAGUUGCAGACCUUCCCGGCUCACCUCUGCUCGGACUGGCUGAAGCCCAUCUCCGGGAACCUCAAGGCCUUGUCUAUCUACCACAGGACGGACAACUGGGGCCCCUUCCCGGGCUACUUCGACCCCAGCGGCAUCUCGUUCCCCAAGCUCGAGACGCUGGCCCUUGGGUAUUACACGCUCGCGCAUGACAAUGACCUCGACUGGGUCCUGGCCAUCAAGUCGCUGAGGAAGCUCAUCCUGCACAACUGCAUGAUCGCCUCGUGGAUACGCAUCGACUCGGAGAACAUGGAGGAGUGGAAGGUCCGCACGCACGAUUGGACCAGGCUGCCCGACGAUCCCGACGACAGCUGGGGCGACUCGUUCGCGUACGGUGGGAAGUGGAGCCAGUGCCUGGACCGCGUCGCCGGAGACUUGCCGAACCUGGUCGACUUCCGGUUCGACCAGGCCGAGUCGUACUCCUUCAACAGCGGGCCCCAGUACGGCCUCGAGCACCGGGACAGCUGUGGUACCAGGGUGUUCCCCAAGAGGUACGUGUGCUUCGACAACGGGAUCUUGCCGACGCAUUGGCCGGAGGCGGAGGACGAUGGGACCCUGCACUCUUGGCUCGACGACGGUUUCCCGAAAAAUGUCCACGAGGAGACCUUGGAGGAGGACCAGAAGAGCCUGGACAGGCUGCUGGAACGGCUUAGGAGGCCGAGGAGCUAG